AUGGUGUUACACAGUCUUCCUCCCCAGUUUGUUGAUGGAGGUUCCGUUCAGGGCACUUCUCCACUUCUCCAAGAGGAGGAGUACUUGAGCCCCUAUGCUUUUUGUCUGCCCAGAUCUGAGAAGUUCAGGAUGGGUCCUGUGGAGAAGCAAACUGCUAAUAUUGAUGCGCAGAACCAAAGAAGUAGAGGUUUGCCUGGCUUUCUUCCUGGAGCUCCAGACCCUGACCACAAUUUUCAGGUCUCACUUCCCAACCCAGGGAACCAAGUGUGGCAGCCAGCUCUCCCUCCACCAGGCAGUCUCCCUCCUGGUCUAGAAUAUUUAAGCCAGUUAGACCUGAUAAUUAUACACCAGCAGGUGGAGCUUCUUGGAAUGAUACUUGGCACUGAGACUUCCAACAAAUAUGAGAUUAAAAACAGCCUGGGACAAAGAAUUUACUUUGCAGUGGAGGAAAGCAUCUGCUUUAAUCGUACCUUCUGUUCCACGCUGCGAUCUUGCAGUCUAAAGAUCACGGAUAACUCAGGUCAGGAGGUGAUUGCAGUACACAGGCCUCUGAGGUGUAACAGCUGCUGGUGCCCUUGCUACCUGCAAGAGUUAGAAAUCCAAGCCCCUCCUGGUACUAUAGUUGGUUAUGUUGCACAGAAGUGGGACCCCUUUCUGCCUAAAUUCACAAUCCAAAAUGCAAACAAAGAAGAUAUUUUGAAGAUUGUUGGUCCUUGUGCACCAUGUGGCUGUUUUGGCGAUGUGGAUUUUGAGGUGAAGACCAUUAAUGAAAAGCUUACAAUUGGGAAGAUUUCGAAAUACUGGUCAGGUUUUGUCAAUGAUGUCUUCACCAAUGCUGACAACUUCGGAAUUCAUGUUCCUGCAGAUCUAGAUGUAACAGUCAAAGCAGCGAUGAUAGGUGCUUGUUUUCUCUUUGAUUUUAUGUUCUUUGAACAUUCACUGGCUGGAUUAUAACAAGCAAGAUGACAAAAACAAUAAAAUAUGCAAGAACCUAUUUCAGUAGGUAAACUUUAAA